AUGUCUGCUAACUUGGAUAAAUCUCUGGACGAAAUCAUCGGCGAAAAUAAGAAGGUCGUCAGAAGAACGAAUAAGAAGGCACCAAAGAAGGUGUCUAAGCAACUGAACGGUAACCGCCGUCGCGGGGGAGCCGUUGUUGGUGGUAGAACCGCAGUUCCUGUCAAGGCUGCUUCGCUACUGGAUGCUGCUUACGCCACCAAGGUGAACGUCGAGGGCUUGCCAAGAGACAUAAAGCAAGACGCUGUUAGAGAAUUUUUCACUUCUCAAAUUGGAGGUGUUGCUAGAGUUCUGCUAAGUUACAACGAGAAGGGUUUGUCCACAGGUAUGGCCACGAUUACUUUCAAGUCUGUCGAAAAGGCCAAAGAAGCCGUGAGAAAGUUUAACGGUGCACCAAUUGAUGGUGGGAGAUCCAGAUUGAGGUUAAACAUGAUCAUUGACCCAACCAAGAAACCACUAGCUUCUAGAAUCCAACCAUUGCAACGUAAGGCUGAAGGCCCUGUCAAGGGUGCUAACCUCAAGGGCCCCAACAAAAAGGUUGUUGCUGCCAAAAAACAAAAGAAGGAGGUGAAGAAGAGAGUCAAGCCUGAAAAGAAGAGCUUGGAGCAGUUGGACCAGGAAAUGGCCGACUACUUCGAGGAGAAAAAGGAAUAA